AGAUCCUCGGAACAAUGGAUAAGAAACAAUCUACCUCUACUUUGACUAGUAUCCUUGCUGGAGGGUUAGCAGGAGCGAGUGAGACUGUAGUUACCUACCCAGCUGAGUUUGUCAAAACCCGCCGUCAACUCGAAGUCUCUCGAUUAGGUCUAAAAACACCAUCGUCCCUAUCAAUCCUUCGCUCUACAAUCUCAAAUCAUGGAGUCAGCAACAUCUAUGCAGGUUGCCAAACCCUAGCUGCCUCCAAUGCAAUAAAAUCCGGUGUCCGUUUCUUCUCCUUCGAAACCUCAAAACGAUACUUGACUCGCAUAUCUGGAGGCAAGAACAACACAAUGGUCAAUGUAGUCUCCGGUCUUAGCGCAGGAGUAACAGAAAGUAUACUAGUCGUAACACCAGGAGAGAGUCUCAAAACACGAGUGAUCCACGAUGCUUCUUCUGGAGGUAAUCUAGGCAAACAAUCAUUACCAAGGAUUAUCUCAGAAGUUGUGAGAAGAGAGGGAGUGUUGAGUUUGUGGAAGGGAUUGACGCCUGUGUUGUGCAAACAAGCUACCAAUUCGGCUGUGAGGUUUGCGACAUUCAACGCUAUCAGGGAUAGAUUGAGGUCUGCUUGGCCGGAGAAGAUGGGAGGUACCACGGCGACAUUGAUGGCAGGAGCUGGAAGUGGAGUUUUGACUGUG